CCAUUUCUAUCUGUGAACAGUACGAUACCGCAAUUGUUAGUCGAGGAGAGAUGCAUUGAACCUGUCAUAUGGUCCCUUGGCUAUCCUUGGGGCUCUCUCAUUCUCAUUUCCCGUGUCGUGGCCUGCUAUUUCCAGGCAGAAUGCACGUUGGCUGCAGGACAUUGCCUGCGGUGCUACUUCUAUGGUAUAAGGCAAGCAUUGGGUGUGAACUCGUCCUGCACCACUGUUUCCUUUUCCUUUCUCUUUUUCUUUUAGCACGGGAGCAGAAGUCGGUGGCUGUGACUUGGUGUUUCAUUAUGAGUCACACCGCCAGAUCUCCGGAUCCAUUGCACCAAUAUAUUACGAUUCAGAUUUGUAUCAAACAAAGCUAACAGUGUACUGAUCAUCUACUAUACAUACAUACACAACACGACACAUCAUACACGAGACACAUCCCCAUUGCUCAUCCGAGGAAGGGCAUCCACCAGCGUGGUGAGGAAGAGGGAAAGCAAUCUAGACAGGGUCACUGCAGUACCAGAUGGAGGUAGGGUAGAAAGGUUGGAAGUAG